AUGUUCGCCCUCGCGCCCGCGUUCGCGCCUCGCGCGCCCGCGUCUGGCGCGCCUCGCGCGUCUGGCGCGCGUCGCGUCGUCGUCGCGCGCGCCGCCGCGCCGUCGCCGUCGUCGUCGUCGUCGUCGCGUCGCGUCGCGCUCGCGCUCGCGUCGUCGCUCGCGGCGUUCCUGCGCCCGCGCGCGAGCGACGCGGCGUACGGCACGAGCGCCGGGGGUUCGAGCGACACCGACGCGAGCGACUUGACGUGGGGCACGUUCUACGGCGCGGCGAACCCGCCGGCGACGUACGGGACCACGGGCGGGACGACGAAGUCGCUGGCGAAGUACUCGUACGACGUGCCGAGCUCGUGGGUCGAGGAAGCGACGACGAAGGUGGAGAAGGGAAGCGGCGGACAAGACUCUCGAUGGGUGAAGAGAGGCUCGCGAGGAGAGGAAAAAGCGUACCUGCUGACGCUGAACAGGGCGGGUCAGGAUGGGGCGGCGUUCGAGCUCACGGACGCGUCGCUGCAAGCCGUGGCGGGAGCGCUCAGCGAGAUGCAAGAUUCGAUCGCGUCGGGACGCGUGACGAGUCGACGCGAUACCGAGGACGGUAGGGAGUACGCGCUGUUCGAUGUCGACGCCGAUCGAAAGUACACGGUGAAGAUCUCGAUCGACAACACCGGGAGACUGUUCGCGUUCGUCGUCACGGCGCCGGCUUCGCAGUUUAAUCGCGAUAAAAAGGUGCUCGAUAGAAUGGUGGAUUCGUUUCGGAUUUACACCAGCGCGUCUCAGUUUGUGUAA